UUUCAAACCUAAGUGUUUUGUCCUUGCAUUUCAGGGCCUACCCGAGGUGAUUGGGUCCCAGCAUCUCAACAGACAGACGGACAUUCUCCUUAUCUUCAAAAUCCUUAAACAAUACCCGACUGGGAAUCGGACUCAGGUCUACAGUGUGCAUGGAUGCGUGUGAAGUGUGAGUGACGUGCAAGAUGUCUUCACGACCGCCAAGUUACGAAGAGGCUGUGCUCUAUCCAGUGGAGGUUCGCCCAGACAACUCUUCUCAGCAGCAACAGCAGCAUCACCAUCAUCAACAUUCAGGCCAACGGCCUGAGCAGCAGCAUCGACAGCAACAGCCAUGCCAAAAUCCUAGAGACGAUCACUCUCACUUUUCUCCGCUAGCCCCAGCUGUUCUGAACGCGAUACCCCCCAGCAUUCCUCACGCCGGCACUGCCAGCUGUCCCUAUACGACACCAUCCUCCUCCUCGUCACCACCUGACCACUCUGGACAAACGUUUGAGCAUUUAGAGGUCACCCGGCGGCCUCCAGGCCUGACGUCCACGCUAGACACGCCCUCUAUCGUCAUCCACAGCGCCCACUCCACGCCGGGUGAGGAUUUCUCUACAGUGGAUGACAUGUUUCCAGAACAAGAAAAUAAUAGUCAGCCGCAGGAGCCCGAGCCUUCAGGACAUAACAACACGGGGAUCAUCUUAGACGGGCACCACACAGACGACACCGCACGUGCUUUUCAGUGUCCUAACCCUCAUCAGACAUCGGUUAUUGGGGAGAACGGCUCGCUGACUUCGGAGCUUCAACAGACAUGGGCUACUGGUGGGUGUUCCACCACUGUUCCUCAACUUGUUGAAAACCCCCAGACAUCAUCGGAUCGAUUGAAAGAUAUUCCGCAACAGCGUGAAGAUCCCAUAAUCCCCGAGCCAAACGCAACUGAUGCAUCGCGUGUAGUUAGUACUAAUGAAGUAGCUAAUGCAAAUGAACGAGUUAGGGCUUAUAAAGUAAAUGGGAACACUCCAGGGUUAAGAUACCAUAAUACCGCUAAUGGGGCUAACACUACAGUCGUCGAAGUUGACAACAGUAUUUUAUCUGACGGUAGAGACAGGGAUGAGACACGCAUUGAGAUGGAUGAAGACAUAUCUAUUCCUGGAGCAAAUAGUUCAAGAAAAGGAAACAACAGUUCGUGCACACAGCAGCAGGGCGCCGCCUCUGUUGACACAGAUGUUUGUGAUUCUCUUCCUUCUGACAAGCUGCUAAGUGAAUCUCGUACAGGGGUUAUCAUUGGGGCUCCCUCUACCGGCGCGAGUGGUUAUGACCAUCAAGGCUACAACAACACCCAAGGGCCUUCCGCCCGGCCUAAGACUAACCUGGGGGCGGGGCUUGGUGGAGGCGGUGGGCUGAUACCAUCUACUCACAAAAUGUCAAGAUCGUACAAUGAUCUUUCCUCGAGAUCUAAAGGUGGAUGCCGACACGACCUAAUCUAUAUGGAAAGGGUACAUGGUAACUCUCCUGCCUGCGCAGUUCACAGUAACUCGAGGGAAACAAUUCCUUUUCAUCCCAACUUCCAUCACCUCCAUCACAACCACAACUAUCACCAACAACAGCAACAACCUCACUACAAGCGAUCAGCCAACAACCUCGGAAGAAGCGGCAGAUGCGAGGAGGAUUCAGAUCACUACCACAACAACCCGCAUCAGUCUCAGAAGCAGCACCUACUGCCCGAAUCUAGAACCUUCCACGGGAGCCGUGGCAUGCGCAGUGUGAGCGCUGACGACGUGCGCGUGCGCAGUGGCACGGAUGAGUACGUAUGGAAAGACGGAAAAGUGCAGUUGAAGAACGGAGGUAUAAGUCACGGGGAGAGCGUGAGGUACGUGUGGAAGGACGGACACGUAGAAAAGAUCACAACAGACGCUAAUAAUGAAGACACACAGGUAGAGGUUUUGGAAACUUCUGACGGGAAGGCCUGCAGUAAGAUCAACCCCGUGUUUGUUUGUGUGUUCCUUAUUGGAGUCAUCGCUGUCGUCAUCAUCUUACCCGUGUACUACGCCAGUUAAAGGAGAGAGAGAGAGAGAGAGAGAGAGAGAGAGAGAGAGAGAGAGAGAGAGAGAGAGAGAGAGAGAGAGAGUAGACAAAGAGAUAUAUAAAUCGUGUGCUGUGUUCUUUUACAUUCUAUAUAAUAGAUUCUGACGAUGUUGUAAACUGA